UUCACCGAGUUUUUUUUUUUUUCUCUCUUCUCUUCUCUUUCCCGGCGAGGGACGAACUGUGUGACUGAAACCCUAAAAAAUCAAAAUUGAAUUUUUCGUGAUUUUGAUUUUGACUUUGGUCUUUGGUGUUGUUUUUUUUUGGAAUUAUCUCCGCACUAAGUCAGUCUCUCUCGUUAAAAAACCCCACUCGCAGUUUCGUCACUUUCUCUCUCUUUCUAACGCAACAGUGCUUUCUGUCGCCUUCAAUCGCGACUUUUUUUUUGUCACUCUCUCUCUCUCUCUUUUUCUCUGAUUUUUUCCUAUUAAAGUUAGGGUUUUGUUUUAUAUAUUCUCGCUGACAUGAAUCAACAACAAAUCCCAGAAGAAGUUUCUUUGGGUAAUAACAACGGUGGAGGAGACGUCGAGACUCCAGCUUCUAAGGUGGAGGAAGAAGAAGAAGAACAAGUAGUAGUAGUAGAGCAGAAGCAGGAGGAGACUGUUUCUACGGAUCCAAUUGAGGAGAAAUCGUUAGAGAAAGAGGACGAUAGUAGUAGUAAUAAUAACAUGGAGGUUGAUCCUGUGAGUCCAGCUAUUGUUUUCUGUGUUAAGCUUAAGCAACCCAAUUCCAAUUUGCUUCAUAAGAUGAGCGUUCCUGAAUUGUGCCGUAACUUCAGUGCUGUUGCUUGGUGUGGUAAAUUGAAUGCUAUAGCUUGUGCUUCCGAGACCUGUGCCAGGAUUCCAAGCUCGAAAGCAAAUCCACCUUUUUGGAUCCCAAUACAUAUCAUGAUACCUGAACGCCCAACUGAGUGUGCUGUGUUUAAUGUUGUGGCAGACUCUCCUCGUGAUUCUGUCCAAUUUAUCGAAUGGUCUCCCACUUCUUGUCCUCGUGCGUUACUCAUUGCUAAUUUUCAUGGACGGAUAACUAUCUGGACGCAGCCUACUCAGGGUUCGGCUAAUCUAGUGCACGAUGCUACCUCCUGGCAGUGUGAGCAUGAAUGGCGUCAGGACAUUGCCGUUGUUACAAAGUGGCUGACGGGGGCUUCUCCAUAUAGGUGGUUGUCCUCCAAGCCAAGUUCUGGUACGAAUGCAAAGUCAACUUUCGAGGAGAAAUUUCUCUCGCAGAGCUCUGAAAGCUCAGCUCGGUGGCCCAACUUUCUCUGUGUAUGCUCUGUUUUCUCAUCCGGCUCUGUUCAACUUCAUUGGUCCCAGUGGCCUUCUAACCAGGGAGGCACUACACCAAAGUGGUUUAGUACAAAGAAAGGUCUUUUAGGUGCAGGACCUAGUGGAAUAAUGGCUGCUGAUGCUAUUAUAACGGACAGUGGUGCCAUGCAUGUAGCAGGAGUUCCAAUCGUAAACCCCUCAACAAUUGUAGUAUGGGAGGUGACCCCUGGCCCUGGAAAUGGACUUCAGGCAACUCCAAAAAUCUCUACAGGCAGUCGUGUGCCACCAUCCCUUAGUUCUUCUUCUUGGACAGGCUUUGCUCCUUUAGCUGCUUACUUGUUCAGCUGGCAAGAAUAUUUGAUAUCCGAGAUAAAGCAAGGGAAGAAGCAUACAGAUCAAGAUUCUAGUGAUGCUAUAUUGCUAAGUUGCUCACCGGUAUCCAAUUUUUCUGCUUAUGUAAGUCCAGAGGCUGCAGCUCAGUCUGCAGCAACCACAACAUGGGGAUCAGGAGUUACUGCUGUUGCUUUUGAUCCAACUCGUGGUGGGUCAGUGAUAGCAGUUGUUAUUGUUGAAGAAAAGGAGCCUGAUUCUGGUGAUUACAAGGCUAACAAGGUUGUUUUUGAUCCUUUUGAUUUGCCAAGUGAUAUUCGUACGCUGGCGCGGAUUGUCUAUUCUGCUCAUGGUGGUGAAAUUGCGAUUGCUUUUCUUCGUGGUGGAGUUCAUAUCUUUUCUGGUCCAACAUUUUCACCCGUUGAAAACUAUCAAAUAAAUGUUGGAUCUGCAAUUGCUGCACCCGCAUUUUCUCCAACAAGCUGUUGUUCGGCGUCUGUAUGGCAUGAUGCUGGUAAGGACUGCACAAUGUUGAAAAUCAUCCGUGUUCUUCCUCCUGCUCUUCCACGUAACCAAUCAAAGGUUGAUCAAUCGACAUGGGAGCGUGCAAUUGCUGAGAGAUUCUGGUGGAGUCUUUUGGUCGGAGUUGAUUGGUGGGAUGCAGUUGGCUGUACACAGAGUGCUGCAGAAGAUGGGAUAGUUUCACUGAACAGCGUGAUUGCUGUCAUGGAUGCUGAUUUCCACUCCCUUCCUUCAACGCAGCACAGACAACAAUAUGGACCUAACCUUGACAGGAUCAAAUGUCGGUUACUUGAAGGAACCAAUGCUCAAGAAGUUCGUGCAAUGGUUUUAGAUAUGCAAGCAAGGUUGUUGUUGGACAUGCUUGGCAAAGGAAUCGAAUCAGCUCUUGUGAACCCUUCGGCGUUGGUUUUUGAGCCAUGGCGAGCAGAUGGGGAGACAAUAUCAGGCAUCAAUCCUGAGGCAAUGGCUGUCGAUCCUGCUCUUGUUUCAAGUAUUCAGGCUUAUGUAGAUGCUGUUCUUGAUCUUGCUUCUCAUUUCAUUACACGUUUAAGGCGCUAUGCGAGUUUUUGUCGGACUCUUGCGAGCCAUGCUGCUUCUGCUGGAACUGGCAGUAAUCGCAACGUAGUUACCACUCCCACGCAAAAUGCAUCAUCUCUUGCAACAAUUCAGGCAGGCCAACCUACUACGACUACCACAAACUCCAGCGGAAGCACACAAAUGCAAGCUUGGAUGCAGGGUGCCAUAGCGAAAAUUAGUAGCUCGAAUGAUGGAGUACCAAACUCUACUGCAAAUCCAAUCAGUGGUUCAGCUACCUUCAUGCCAAUAAGCAUCAAUACAGGAACAUUUCCAGGAACGCCUGCUGUUCGACUCAUUGGGGACUGUCAUUUCCUUCAUCGGUUAUGCCAGCUGUUGCUCUUCUGUUAUUUCCAGCGGUUGUCACGAUUUCCCCAGCGAAAUGCUGAUGUUAGUUCACAAAAACUUCAAACGGGUGCUACCAGCAAGUCGGAAGAGGUCAACUCUGCUAAACCAACUCCGGCUGUGAACAGGAUAGAGGAAGCCCAGGGAUUCCGGGGCUCUCAGUUGGGUGCUGGAGUGAAAGGGAUUGACGAAAAUUCUGCUCGUACAACAAAGAUGGGUUCUGGGAAUGCCGGUCAAGGAUAUACUUUUGAGGAGGUGAGAGUUCUUUUCCAUAUACUAAUGGAUCUCUGCAAGCGAACAUCUGGUCUUGCGCAUCCCUUACCUGGCUCUCAGGUAGGUAGUGGAAACAUCCAAGUUCGACUGCAUUAUAUUGAUGGAAAUUACACUGUGUUGCCCGAGGUGGUAGAAGCAGCUCUUGGACCACAUAUGCAGAACAUGCCUCGCCCAAGAGGAGCUGAUGCUGCUGGUCUUCUACUUCGAGAAUUAGAGCUUCAUCCGCCUUCCGAAGAAUGGCAUAGGAGAAAUUUGUUUGGUGGUCCUGGAUCAGAGCCCGAGGAUAUGGUCCCAACCGACGAUGCUUCGAAGCUGAGUACCUUAGAUCCUUCUGAUACAAGCUUUUCCGGAGUAUCUGAGGGAUACAACAGAGUCCAUAGUCUUUGGCCAAGAAAACGCAGGAUGUCUGAAAGAGAUGCAGCUUUUGGUUCAAACACUUCUGUGGGUUUGGGUGCAUAUCUUGGAAUCAUGGGUUCUCGUAGGGAUGUUGUCACCGCGACAUGGAAAACUGGUCUUGAUGGAGUUUGGUACAAGUGUAUAAGAUGUCUAAGGCAGACAUCUGCAUUUGCUUCACCGGGUGCUUCGAAGCAGUCAAAUCCGAAUGAACGAGAAACAUGGUGGACCAGCCGUUGGGUUUACUGCUGCCCCAUGUGUGGUGGCACGUGGGUCCGUGUUGUAUAGACGGGCAAAUGAACUUCGCAUCCACUACGUAUACCGGUUUUGAUUGGAUAACCAGAAAUUCAGUAACCAGACAUCACAAAUUUCACCUUAUUGUUAUGCUAUCGAUGCAAGUUUAUUCUUUUACUCCUAAUCAUAUUGCAUUUUUGUAACUCGUAUAUAGUUUAUGUAACUACUAUGACUAUAAAUAUGAAUUGAUAUAAAGAUUGGUGCAACAA